AUGGGAUUAAGUGAUGAAAUACACAUAAAUGACAGGGUGUCUAUUAAAGAUAAAUAUAAUGGUAUAGUAAGGUUUAUAGGACCCAUUUUUGGUAAAGAGGGUAUAUGGGUUGGUAUACUACUUGAUAGAGAGGUAGGUAGAAAUGAUGGAACAUAUAAUGGUAUUCGGUAUUUUGAUUCUCCGCCUAAUAAAGGCAUCUUUGUAAAAUAUAAUAAGAUAAAGGAUUCUUUAAUAGAAACCAAUUCAAAAUCAAAUGUUACUUAUAGAAAUACACUUGAUAGUUCAUUAACAGUUAAUGAAGUUUUAAAUAAGUAUUCAAAAUUAAAUGAAACUACAAAUACAAACAACAAUAUUCAAUUAAAUAAUAAGAAUUCUAUUGAUAUAAAUGAAUAUUCUAUUGAUGAAGAAUUGUUUUUUAAAAAAGAUAGAAAAAAUACAAAUAAUGAAAUUUUUAAUAGAAAAAACAAUGAAAGUUUUAAUAGAAAAAUUGAAAAACACAAAAGUAUAGGAUUUUUAACAAAAAUUUAUAAUUUUAUUUAUAAUUUUAUAUUUCCCACUAAAGAAAAGAAUGAUGAAGUAUUUAACAUUACGAAUGAAUUAUUGAAUAGUUAUAUUGAUAAAGAUUAUAAAAAGUUUGAUAAGUUAUUAGAUGUAACUUUAGAAGUUUAUAAGAAAAACAAGAUCAAAUUAGAAUGA